AUGCUCCCGAUCGUCGCCGGCGCCCUGUUGAUUGCCGCCGUCCAGGUCGUUCAAGUCGCCGGAGACUACACACCAUGGGAUCAUUUGUUCGACUACCGGGAUGAACAGGUGCCGGACGAACGGCCUACCAGAUAUUGCUCGGCGUGUGAUAAACCGUGCGGGACCCAACCAGAACGGAGGUCGGCUUUUGCGAAGAUCGUCAACGGCAAAGAUACACGGGAAAACGAAUUCGGCUGGGCGGCCACGUUGGCGAGACGAGGUCAGUUCUAUUGCGGCGGCACACUCAUCACCAAGAAGCACGUGCUUACCGCUGCCCAUUGCGUCGAGAAUUUCAGCCCCAAAGAUCUAACCGUGACCAUCGGCGAACACGACCGGAAAGUUGAAACCGGCCGCAAGUCCGUGCACCACGUGACCCAAAUCCACCGGCACCAAGACUUCCGACUGAGCACUUUCGACAACGACAUCGCAAUCAUAGAACUUCGUGAACCCGUGCCCAUCAACAGCCCGUGGGUGCGCGUCGCGUGCUUACCCAAGUCCGCCGACACGUCCUAUGAAGGUAUCAAGGGCACCGUGAUCGGAUGGGGCAGAUUGGGCGAACGCAAAAAGUCAUCCAACAUCCUGCAGAAAGUCGACGUACCAAUCAUAUCGAACGCGGACUGCAAGGAUAUGGGAUAUUCGCCUGAGAAGAUCACCAGUAACAUGAUAUGUGCUGGAUACAAGGAAGGCCAACAGGACGCCUGUCAGGGCGACAGUGGCGGACCGAUGCACAGACACAUAGAUUCUUCUGAUACUAUGGAAGUCAUAGGUAUCGUGUCUUGGGGCAAAGGAUGUGCCAGGGAAAACUAUCCAGGAGUGUACACCAGAGUGGCCAACUACCUGGACUGGAUUAUGGAUCACACAGGAGACGAAUGCAUUUGCGGAGCUGAAAGUUCCUGA